AUGGGAAUCUCUCGAUCGGCCACUUUUGCAAUCGCUUAUUUGAUGUGCAGAGAUCGGCUCACCCUUCACGACGCGUACAAGGAGGUGCAGCGACGACGAAACAUUAUUUGUCCGAACAUUGGUUUCUUCAAGCAAAUGAUCGAAUUGGAAGAAAAGUUCUACAAGCGAAACACGGUUCGUAUCAUCGAGCCACUCGAUGGAGUGCCGGUGGCGGACGUCGUUUGGAAUGAGCUCUACGAUGAGAUGCUGCAAUCGAUGAGUUCGACGAAUCGGGAUGUAUUGAGAACUCUUCAUCCAUCAGCUAGCUCAAUGACGAUGCGAGAACUAUCACUGAAUCUCGAGAGCCCUACAGAAGAAAGCCCAAGACCGUUGAAAAAAUCCGCUUCCGGGAACAGUAUUCUAAGGAAAACGAGAGGAGAUGAGAGGAUUGGAUGGAUGAGUGCAAGAGGAGAAGGGAGUGGAGGGGAUUCAUCACGAGGUUCAUCGUCUGGAUCCACGUCGCUCACCUCGACGUCACCCUCUUCAUCGCAGACGUCGAUCGGACAAACGAUAUCCAGAGAGACUCAAGAGGAAAUAUUGCUCUCACCGUUGAAA